AUUUACCAUUAACUUUUAUCUUGAAAAAUUAUCCCCCCUCCAAAUUUUCACCCCUCUUUUCAGACAAAACCCUAAACUCCAUGCAAUCGAGAUUUUGAUCCUUUCAUUGAGCUCAUAUCUACUCACGCGCUCUCAGGGUUUGAAAAAUGGACCCAAAUUUGUUAGAGCCAAUAAAAGAGGCCCAGGAACAAAUCAGGAAUGCACUUCGACUUGCACAUGUCACUGAUGACAGAAUGAAACCGACUGCAAAGGAGCGUCGAAGGUCUCGUGCAUUAUCUGAUUAUCAGCUUGGCAUGCGCCAUAUAUUACGGCUUCUUUCUAAUGCACAGAAAUCAACAUUUGUCAUUCCAGAGUCUCCUACUCAUGUGGAUAUUGCCUUAGUUGAGGAGAUAGACUCAAUGGAACAGAAGUUUCAUAAUAUGUUACCACCAGAUUUACGCAGCAGAAAAGAUGAAACUAAUGACUUGGCAAUGAACCAUGAAGUUUUUGUGAAGUGUUAUUUGGAUAGCCUUAAGGAACUUGAGACGGCCAUGACUUCAAAAUACAAUGAAAUCAAAACUGAAGAAGAGGCCCAGCUACGUCAAGGAAAGGCCAGGGCUAAGAAGGAGCGGCGAAAGAAAAGAGCUUCUCAACAACAGGAGAAAGCAACUACUCCUCUGCCGUCCCCAAAGAAAUCAUUUUUAUAUCUGUACGUACAAAGAUGUGAAAGACUGAGCCGUUUGAAUGUCACUAAAUUAUCUGAGGCCCCUCUUUUCGAGCUUGUUUGUGAUUUUCAACGCUCCCAUCCCCGCGACUGCUUAAGCCCGGUAGUCUGUUUUAAUGUAGAGUCUGAUUUUUUUAUGGUGGGGGAUGUCUUUAUCCAUCACAAGCAAAGGCCAAAAUUGCAUCGUCCACCCUUUUUGGACGUCCUUUCCGUUGACACUGUCAAGUCUUCCUCAUUCAUCCCCUGCCCGCCUACUGCUCCUCGAUUAGCCGGUCCAAAGGUCGAUCCAGUAGUUGUUACUCUUCGUGGGAAAAUAUAUGUUUUGGCCCUACAUCCAUACCCUGAUCAGCCCAGUUUCGAGGUCUUUGCUGAUGAGAAGUGGGAAACUCUGCCCCCUCCACCCUUUUUACGAUGCACUGAAGGUGACGACGACGAUGAGGACGCAUAUCUUGUAGCGUCCCGGAACUACUUUCUGUCCCUCUAUGCUUGGGACCACAAGAUUGUUGUUUGUCUUAGGAAGGGCAUGUCUUACUGUUUUGACACAAAAGCAGGUAAAUGGACAGAUAUGCGGCACAUCUAUAAGGAUAGCAAGGUGCAACCUGUUCUGCAAUGUGUCGCGGAAUACGACAAGUUUCUAAUUGCCAAGCCUUUCUUUUCUGAAGAGCUUCUUGUUUAUGAGCUGGAUGCAGAUGGUUUCCCACAAUUUUAUCAGAAUCUAGAUGGGCUUGAGGAGGUGUUCACGGAUUCCCGCAUCUUAAGUUCCUCCAAUGCCUUUAUCAUCCCAUUCGAUGAUGAUGCCGACAAAUUUUGCUUCAUCUGUUCGGGCCCGGCCCCCUGCACUGACUUGGAAAGGAAUGUUGACUUCUUUUUGCGUGUAGUGGUGAUUCGGAUGACCAUCUCAAACCUUGACGGCAAGAAGAAACUCACUGCAGUGCUCGAGGCACAUCAAAUUUAUCCUUUCUAUAGACUAGUGAGUUCAUCAUUUCAGCAACAUAUUUGCUCGGCUUUCCUCAAGCGUGAUACUUUGAAUCUGGAUAAUUUAAAGGCUGAUCGAAGCUUGGGGAAGCCAUGCUUGGGUUGAUUGCUUCGUUCUCCCUUUGCAAUCAGUUAUGAUCUAUAAGUUGUUUACUGUCAUUUAAUUUAGUCUUAUUGUUAAGAAAUGUUCGUAGUUAUUUGUAACUGGAAAAUGUGCCAGUGUCGCUGCUUUGCAUUUUCUUGUCUAUGAUCUGAAGUUGGAACUCUGUAUUGCAAAUGCAGUGUUAGGCACUUCAAGUACAAGUAGUUAUUAAAGCUUCGAUCUGUAUUUGAAAGAAACAUGUGGUUAUUAUUUACUGCUGCCUGAUGAGAUUAGAGCCAUCAAUAAUGUUUCUUUUUUGGUUGCAUUAUUUUAGAAUUGGACAGGAUUUCCCUACAUAUCAUCUAUACCCCUGAAUUUUAAUGCAAAGGUUGGUG